CCGCUGCCGGCCUGUGAAAAGAAAAUUUCCCAGUUCGCCCAAUCUUUUUUUGCCGCAGAGGAAAAAGCGCCUGGUCGAGUCAUUCCCAGAUCGCCCGGGUUUAAAUCUCCACCCGGCUCUGCUCUGACUCUGACUCUUACUCUGCUCUCCUCUUCACGAAUUUCUGUUGCGAUAAAUACCAUCCCGGGCUCUGUCUGGUCGUUUUCUUUUCAUCUUUCUCAUUAGCAUUGCCCCUGUCCGUCACCCGGGAUCGCUCCCCGCCGUAUAUAUUCCUCACAGUAACAACCCCGCUCCACAUACAAAAUGUGUCCCGGUGCAAACGAAACCAAUGGGCACACCAACGGUGUCAACGGCCAUGCCAAUGGCAACGGUGCUAACGACCAUGGAGACUUCACGGCCGUUCAGAGCCGCGAGAACCCUCACCCCUCGGUCGCUCGCAACCCUUACGGCCACAACGCUGGUGUCACCGACUUCCUGAGCAAUGUCUCCCGUUUCAAGAUCAUCGAGAGUACUCUCCGUGAGGGUGAGCAGUUCGCCAACGCCUUCUUCGACACGGAGAAGAAGAUUGAGAUCGCCAAGGCCCUCGACGAUUUCGGUGUCGACUACAUCGAGCUCACCAGCCCUUGCGCUUCGGAGCAGUCGAGAAAGGACUGUGAGGCCAUCUGCAAGCUGGGUCUCAAGGCCAAGAUCCUCACCCACAUCCGAUGCCACAUGGACGAUGCCCGGAUCGCUGUCGAGACUGGUGUUGACGGAGUUGACGUCGUCAUUGGUACCUCCUCUUACCUCCGUGAGCACUCCCACGGCAAGGACAUGACCUACAUCAAGAAGGCUGCCAUCGAAGUUAUCGAAUUCGUCAAGUCCAAGGGCAUUGAGAUCCGAUUCUCCAGCGAGGACUCUUUCCGAUCCGACCUGGUUGACCUUCUGUCCCUCUACUCCGCGGUCGACCAGAUCGGUGUCAACCGUGUCGGUAUUGCGGACACUGUCGGCUGCGCUUCUCCUCGCCAGGUCUACGAGCUGGUCCGCGUCCUGAGAGGUGUUGUCAAGUGUGAUAUCGAGACUCACUUCCACAACGACACUGGAUGUGCUAUCGCCAACGCCUACUGCGCUCUGGAGGCCGGUGCCACUCACAUUGACACCUCCGUCCUGGGUAUUGGUGAGCGUAACGGUAUCACUCCCCUGGGUGGUCUGAUGGCCCGUAUGAUGGCUGUCGACCGCGACUACGUCAAGAGCAAGUACAAGCUCGAGAAGCUCAAGGACAUUGAGGACCUCGUCGCCGAGGCCGUCCAGGUCAACAUCCCCUUCAACAACUACAUCACCGGUUUCUGUGCCUUCACCCACAAGGCCGGUAUCCACGCCAAGGCCAUCCUCAACAACCCCAGCACCUACGAAAUCAUCAACCCCGCCGACUUUGGCAUGACCCGCUACGUCCACUUCGCUUCCCGUCUGACUGGCUGGAACGCCAUCAAGUCGCGUGCUCAGCAGCUCAACAUCGAGAUGACGGAUGCUCAGUACAAGGAGUGUACCGCCAAGAUCAAGGCUCUGGCUGAUAUCCGACCCAUCGCCGUUGAUGAUGCCGACAGCAUCAUCCGUGCCUACCACCGCAACCUCAAGACCGGUGAGGACAAGCCCCUGCUUGAGCUCACCCCUGAGGAGAAGGCCCAGCUCGCUGCCAAGGAGAAGGAGAUGGCCGCGAACGGAGUUGAGGUCUCCGCCUAAAUGACCGAUAUUUGAACAGUCACGACGAAAGAAAGAAAAGAAGAAUCCUCAUGUCCAGAUUAACUCGAUUUAAAGAGUUGAUAUAUUAACGGGCAGUUUGCCGGAAAGAUGACGUCAUUUGUCUAUGCUCUUUUUGCGUUUUGCUUGGGAAUUAUUUUCGGUUUCUUUGGGUCUUAAAAAAGCUCUCUGAUUUAUUACGCAUAAAAGGGAGGCUGGUGUUUGGAGAGCGAUAGUCUCAACCCCUGUACAUAGCAUGCAUGCUCUUGUUUAGUCGGCCGCGAGUAUUUAACUAUACCGCGAGUCGGAGCACUUUUUGGCAGAGAUUAGUAAUAUCUGCAGUGUCGCUCAAUUGACAUUUCAACCACAUGAACUUCUUUUUUGUAGCAGUGUUUUGUUUCGAUCUCAACCUCAGG